AGGUCUAUUUGAACGGUGAAAAGCGGGCUCGCACACAUUCGAGAGGGAAACAAAGAGAGAGCAAACAAAUCGUCGCUGUCGGAUGCGAAAUAACUGGAAUAGUUGGCUUUUUUAAAAAAUCUCUGGGAAAGUUAAUUAGAAAAAACAAAAGGGUACCACCAUGUCUCACAAACAGAUCUACUACUCUGACAAAUAUGACGACGACAAAUACGAGUACAGGCAUGUAAUGCUACCCAAAGAGCUUGCCAAGCGUGUUCCCAAAACCCAUCUUAUGUCGGAGACCGAGUGGAGAAACCUUGGUGUCCAACAGAGUCAAGGAUGGGUGCAUUACAUGAUUCACCAACCAGAGCCACACAUCUUGCUGUUCCGACGCCCUCUGCCCAACCCAAAAUCAUAAAGGAGAUUCUCUGGGUCCUUCAGGGACAUCAGUCUACCAUGUCGCAUAUCAACUCAUCACCAUGCUCUGAUUGCCAUGUCGGCUGAUUAUGCUGGACCUGGAGAAGGACUGCUGCAUUUAUGAACAGUGAUUAUGGAAUGGAUUGUGUUGAAGGAAAAAAACUAUGACCCACCUAUUUGGGGAAAAGACUUCUGCAUGUGUUAAGAGCAACACGACGUUUGCCAGAAACCUUCAAUUCAGCUUAAACUGUCCUUUUUGACUUAACCUGUCCAUCUUGUGAACAUGCUUGGAUUUUUCCAGCUUUUUAGAACAAUUGCUGUAAGAUGUGGGGAGUGAAACUUGAUCAACCAUUUGAGUUAUUCUAAGUGCUUUCUGGGUUGAGCUCUAGCAGAAUAGUUGGAUCCUAAAUUGAUUUGGACUUUGAAGCCACAAAUCAAGGUUUCAAAGUCUCAUGUUGCUGCUUGGUUAAAAUGACACUGUAGACUGGCAUUUAAUGACAUUUUGCCAUAUGCAGAUGAGGGAAAGCCUGCAUUUGAGUUGGAUAGAUUCUAGUCUUGAUCCAGUUUUCUCAAGCAUGUAUAUUAGUUCUGGCUUAAUGUCUGGGUCUAUACCAAUGAGCUGCUCAGUAUUUAUGAAAUGUUUUGCCCUUUCUGAAAUAAAUGUAAUCUUUUAAAUCUUAA